AUGGCCCCCUCGCUUGGGCAGCUCUGGCUUGCGUUGCCUGCACUGCUGGCCCUGCAUGGAGCGAUCUCAGAGGCUCAGAUUCAGCUUUUCGCCGCUGAUGGCGGGUUGCCUUUCUCAACUGAGUGCAACGCCGCGUUGUCGGCAAACCUGUCUUGUAACCUGCUAGAGACAGGUGGCUCAAUGUACCAUUUAACCGCCAAUUUAACGGCUGAUAUGCUGGACCAGAUGUGUACAGAUGAGUGUAAGAGCUCUAUUGCAACCUACCGCCAAGCUGUCGAAGCCGCCUGCGCCAAUGAUGAAUACCAUAGCACAAAUAACGCGACUAGCUACAUUGGCAGCUCUGGCGUAUUCAUGCCGGUAGUUCUCCCCGACAUGUAUAUCACUAAUUUCCAUCAACGCUGUCUCAAGGAUGCCAACGGAAACUACUGCGCUCUUCAACUCCAAUCCUCCACUACCCUGGCAGACUGCGAUGAAUGCAGCAUACGAAUGUUUCAGCAAGAGCUGAAAAAUGGCUAUUUCUACAACGAAGAUUUAGCUGAGCGGUACACCUCCCUGACUUCGAGCUGUGGGUUUUCUAAUCUGGAGCUUCCGACGCCAAGUUCGGUUAUUAUUACCAGGCAGGUCUUUCUCUUUUGUGCCUUGCCGUCUAUAACCCCAGCAUCUUGCCCAGGUCGAAGUGUGGCGAUCAAACCUGGGGACACUUGUGAUACGUUUGCUGCAGCUAAUAAUGUGAGCACAUGGCGGCUCCUGAUUGAUAAUGGACUUCAGAGCGGCUGUAUGGACUUUCCAACAGAGGGAUCACUCUGCGUCAUUGGGAGCUGUCAGACCCACAAUGUUACUGCUACUGACACCUGCCCGAGUAUCGCCCUUCAAUAUGGCAUUACUAUCACGCAGUUCCGCACUUGGAAUCAAGUCCUCGACUCUAGGUGCACCAAUCUCAAUGUUCUGGUCGGGCACCAGGCCUGCGUUAGUUAUCCGGGCAAUGCUACAUCUGUCGCAAACCCCUACGUAACCACCGCCAUGGAAGGGACUGCUACGGCAGCGGAGAUCAAAGAGAAUAAAGAGAGCAAAGACAACGAAGAACAAUAA